CAGUUGGCGUCUUGUAGUAUUAAUUCAAAUAAUUUAUCAUUGCCUUUGCUAAAACGCGCUUUAUCUUUUUUGAUUUCCCUAAUUUCCCUCUGAAUACAGUCAACUUUUUUAACCCUUUAUUUGAAAGAAGCAUUUUACACAGAAUGGAGGAUUCAAUGCAUGACGUGAUCGAUCGUAUGAUUGCUAAUGAGAAGCAUUGCUAUCGUUUGAACAAUAAUGCAAUUGCAGUUACGGCACCAGAAAGACGGCAAUGCUUAAAUGCUUCAGAUUUCAGCGCUGAAAGCAUGUUACCUCUCACAAACUACAGAACCUUUGCUGCAGACAGCAAUAUUAUCCCCUCUGACAGUGCCGUCGAAAAUUCUAAAGAGGAUAUCAGCAACAGUAACUCUAAUGAAGAUACAGAAAUGAUAGUAAAGAAUACCCUUCCAGUCAGGAAUGCUGUUAUGGUUGCUCAACAUUAUCAAAGAUGGUCAAAAGAAGAGGAUGAUAGGUUGACAGAGGCAAUACAUCUAUUCGGCCAUGGUUCAUGGAAAGCAGCUGCAAACUACAUAAGAACGAGAAGUGCCAAGCAGUGUAGAAACCGUGCGAAACAUAGAAAGAAGCUUUUACGACCAAAGAAACAGUCUGUUGAAGGGCCGCCAUCCGGAAGAGAAUGCUCUGUUAGCAUCAUGUCUGAUAUUGAAACAGACACGGCUACUGUUACGCCCACCUCGUUUUUAGCACAGUUGCAAGAUGCCACACCACACAUAGGCAUCCUUGAGGAGAGCAGACCACUACAACAAGACUUUCUCAGAAUUCCCAGUCUGCUCAAUACUGUUUCGACCCCGGUUUAUCCAUUGUAUAUGAUAACUUCCCAGUCUGUCAGUUUACCUGAUGUUUACCCUUCUACUUAUUUACAGAGCAUGUCCUCUUUAACGAGCCCAUAUUAUUAUCCUUACGAAGCUUAUAUGAACAACACUGUAAAACAUGAUAAUAACAGUCAUCAGCCGUACCCAUCAGUCGAGCCACAAGAUUCAUUCAUGUCGAUCAAUGAAUUGUUGAAUGACACUGAAGAAGCCGACAAAGAAGAAGCCAUCCCAACCAUUACCACUACCGCCAACUCAACGCCUAUGUCAACGUCUAUGUCUACCCAUAGAGAAACUGAGCUUCCCUUGAAUACAAUCACAGAUGACGAACGCACGGCAAAUGCUGAGUGGUUUUCAGGCAAGCGGUACAAAACUCCCGAAACAUAUUUGAGAAUUCGUAACCACAUUAUCAAUUAUUGGAAAGAAACGCGCCCUAAUUAUUUAACUAAGCAAAAAUCAAGAAAGAACUUGACCCAUAUGGGUGACAUGAAGGCGGUUGGGAGAAUUCAUACUUACUUGCAAAACAUCCAGGCAAUAAAUGUGAAUUGCUCUUCGAAGCGCACGGAAGGGGAAGGAAGGCCAAAGAAAACCAAAACUGCUGCAUAA